AUGAACAAACUAAAUAUCGUUCGAACUCAAACACCAACGAUAUCUCGAUCUCCUUCACCUGCUCGGUCCCUACUAUCGCCGUUCAGAAACCCUGAAGACUCGUUGGCGAGGGAAUCUGACGUUACGGUUUCUACCAAUGUCACAUCGUACGCUGAGUAUAAAGGGUUUUUUAUAUAUGUGCUUUCCAUGGUGGCAUUGCUAGUGUACAUGGGAUGGUUGCUUCUACCUGAAGAGGCUCUUAAUUACUUGGGGGUGUAUUAUUAUCCAGAUAAGUACUGGGCCCAGGCGGUGCCAGCUUACCUGCUUAUGCUCAUGCUAUAUGUUUAUAUCUACUUGGCAUUGUAUAACACAGAGGUGAAGACGCUACCGUUGGACGAUCCCAGAUUGUUUACAGACGAGAACGCUGUGUUUCCAGAAGACCCUCUCGACUACAUCCACAAGGCACCAAGCGGCGUCCGUGAUCUACCGGCGCCAUUGGUAUCCGAGAUUCUAUACUCCUAA